AAUGUGUUGCUAUGAACGAUAGCUUCUAUUUACCAAAAUUGAACAAAUGUAAGGACGGUUCCGAUGACCCACUGUUUUAUUUGACUGUCCACGAUCCAUGCAUCUCACGAGGAUUUGAACGCCGUCUGCUUCCUUUCAACGAAUACCUUUUCCUCACCGAUGGCUCUUUGUACCAAGGUCCUAACAAAUUCAUUUUACCGUCGGACUUCUGCUUAGCCAGUUUUAAUAGAGACAUUUAUGAAGUAAUUGUCUGCACUAAUCAGACUAAAUAUCCGAUAUAUGUAUCCGCGUGUCUCCUAGUGUCUUUGCCAUUCCUGCUGCUGACGUUCGUAGUAUAUUCCAUAUUGCCAGAGCUCCAAAAUAUUCAUGGCUAUACAAUACGUGCAUACGCUGGGUCAUUAUUUAUCACAUAUACGAUUAUGUAUUGUGGUCAACAAGUUUCUGAAUUACAAGUUGAUGAGAAAACAUGCAUUAUACUAGCCUAUAUUUUAAAUUUCUCUUUUUUGUCAAGUUUUUUCUGGCUAAAUGUAAUAUGCUUCGACAUUUGGUGGACAUUCAGAAAACUACGUCCAUGUCGAACAAACAUAAAGCAAAGGAAAAAGAAGUUUGUGAGGUAUUCGAUAUAUGCGUGGGGAGUCCCUUUGAUUUUUAUCGUUAUCUAUUUCAUUAUGGAUCAUGUUGACAAGAUACCAGAAAAUUGGAUCUGGCCGGAAAUAUGUGGGAAAAAAUUUUGGUUUAAUAAUGUUGAGGCAAAACCAAAAUAUUUUUACGUAUUCAUAGUUGCUAUUGUUAUCAGUAAUAGUUACCUCUUCAUACACACAACAGUAUCAAUUAUGUACCAGAAUAUGCAGAUAGCCCAUCAGUUGAAAAUGUCAGAUUCCGAGUAUUACAAUAGAAAUAAGCUCAGGUUUAAAACGUUCCUGAGGCUGUUCAUGAUGAUGGGUUAUGGUGGAAUAAUCUGGGUUAUAAAGAUAAUUGCGUGGAUCAACGAUUACAAUCUCUUGCCGUUGUUUAUUUGGUAUCCCAUUGAUAUGAUAAAUAGCUUGCAAGGUUUCAUCAUUUUCAUCAUAUUCGUAUGUAACAAGAAGAUAAAAAGACUGCUACUAAAACGAUUCGGUGGGCAAAAAUGCGGUCCAUUUUGUAUGAUUCCAACGUAUAAUAAAAGCACGACGUUGAAUAUCAUUUCUCCACAUCAGCAUCGACAACGGUGUCCACGCAAGAAAAAUCAACUCGUCUAAUCAACAACCAAUCUUAAAGAAUCUUAAGGAUGUUUCGGCAGGAUACGAGAAUACGGAAUACGAGCUAAAAGUUAUCGCCAUUAAAAAAAUUGAAGGAUUUUUAUUUUAUAAAGGUUAAUUUAUUUUUCUUUUUUAUCUUAAUCAACGACUAAUCAAAAAAAUUUGGUUGCGAGAAUGCCCAAAUUUUGGCUUUGAAUCGAUUAGUUGCAAGAAAGUAAUCGAUAAAACCGAAAGAUUACAGAAACAUUGCAUAAACCAUGCAUAGAAAUAUUGUAAUAUUGCAUGGAAGUUGCGAAAUACAAUGUUGCUACAAGCUUGCCGCAAACGUUGAACGUUUUAGAAAUAUUAUGAUGUAAGACCACAGUGAUGUUACGAUGUAAUAGUUAUCAUUGUAGAAAGAAAAAUGUAAUGAUCAAAACAGAACCGAUUAGGAACAUAACGCAUUACUUUCCAACAUUUUAAAACGGUUUAGGCAUCCAACAUUCGUAUUUUCUACAGCAUUCUGGAAAGAAUGAUCCUGGACCGCGCUGCAUGGAAUAUACAGUAGUACCAUGCGGACAGGGUGUUAUAGGACAACUGAAAAAAAGAAACAAAACAAAAUUAGAUUACUAAAAUUAUUACGUUCCAGAAAAAUCAUGUACUCUCUCUGAAAAUGAGGCACAAAAAUCUCGUGAAACUAAAUUUUAUGAAUUCCUAUAGCUUCUUUCAUAUAACCGUUUCCAAAUUUAAAAAUUUGGCAAAUGUUGCUUCAAUACAAAAUCCAUUAUCUUUGCUUAAUGUUAAACAGAGUUUCCUUUAUUGAUUUAUAAUUUAGAUAAUUAGUUAUGUAUUACCGUUAUCGCAUUGUUACAUCCUGUAAUUAGUUAAUUAAAUGCUCGAUGCUCGGAUAAUCGAUUAUCAAAGGAUUGCUGUAUAAUAACUAGUUUUUCUGGUAGCAAUAUUAAACAUUAAAAAUCAUUACCAACUAUACGUGAAAUUUUAUUAUUUUUUUUUAUGAGUUGAAUUUUCCGAAAUACGUAAAAUCUUAUAUCCAGUUAUACAUAAUUACGCUGAGUAGAGAAGAUAGUUUAAAUAACACAUAAUACUUUUAUAUACCAUCAAAAAGAAACAAACUUCACUAAAGUUGAAAUAUUUAUCUAAUUUAAAACCUUCUUCAAAGUAAUUCUGUCCUACAUUUAGACAAUUCUUUAGCCAUUUGUCCAUCGCUCCUUAAAAGUUUUUGUCUCGAACCGUAUUAAAAACCAUUUGCGAUUAAGUCUAGUUGACAAUAUCAAAAUCCUUGACCUUUAAUUUCUAUUUUAAUUUUGUAGAAACAAAAAAAAGUCAAAGAAGGCUAAAUCCGGCAAGUACGGAGGAUAGCUUGAGAUAGUUACAUUCUGUUUGUCACCAAAACAUUUUUAAAGGCUUUUAAGUGCUUGAAGUUUAAUACAUCUUGAGACUUUUUCAUUUCUCAAAAUAAAAGUGAAAUGGUGAUCAAGAAGUGGUGAUUCGAUACGAGCCUCGACGUUGACCAUCAAACAUUGGAAUGUUUGCCUGGGGGCUGAAUCGACAAAAAUUUUUAGGUAGCGUUUGAGACAAUGAAAAUGAUAAAAUCGCUGAAUAUGUAAAUGCUGAAGAAAACUACUUUUGAGAAGACGGAAGAUUGAUUUAAAUUAAAUAGAUAUUUAAAUUUUUAUAGACUUAAUACAGUCCCUAAUAAUUGCCCUAUGUGUAUAUCAUAUAUAGUAUAUAAUUAUAUAUAACUAUAUAAUAACACUUUUGACUUACUCUUUUAUAGUUAAUCUACCGUCAAAACAAAUUAAUUGACUGUAGCAAUCCGGUAGUGUGUAUACGCCUUCAGUGUAAUAUUUUCCUUCAUAAUAGCAGGUAGCUGGUGAGUAACCUGAAUGCACAUUUAUGUAAGUAAAAUUCAAAAGUUUGCAAAGAAUAUGAUUCAAAAGUUUUUAUUAAUUUCGAUAUUAUUAUUAGUUAGACGCAAUCAUAUGAAUUCCGGAAUAAUCACAAUUAUUUAAUUUGCAACCCUGUCAACAGAUAUGUCAUUAAAAUAUCAAGAUUGAAUAUAAUGCAUGUGACAAUUUCAAUUCACGUAGAAAAAGACUUUCAAGACGAUGUUAACGGCAAAAUUGUGCCGUUUAUAAAUUCGCUAAACUGUCUUACACAUUCUUGUAACUCUACAUAACGCAAUUAACGAUGUCUUUCCUUCACUAGUAACUUCAUAACCGUCGAAUUAACGCACUUAGCAUAUGUAACGUACCUUGUACUUGUAGAACAAAGUACGCUAACCCGCAAAGCAACAAUGAGAUCGUACAAACGUAAGCCUUCAUCUCACUUUCUUACUUAGGAUAUCACCAGGACAAAGAAACAAUAAUUUAAUAAAAUUUAAAAAUUAUGAGAUUUAUAUGUACCGUUUUACCCUGCUUUCCUGGCAAUCUUUAAGAAACAUCUCGAUUUCUUCACGAAGACACAAGGUAAAACUUGCGGUAUCGCACGUAGUGAUAAUCUGUUAAAACUAUAAUUAUUUUUUUGUCCCAUCAAAGCACGAAAAGUUAAAUUUUUAAAGGUUUUCUUAAAAAUGGUUAAAUAACAUACGUGUGUAAUGCGAAUAAUUAAACACAAUCAAUAUUCGUAAGUCAUAACAUAUUUCCAUGAUCUUCUUGUUUUCUUUCAUUCGUGAGCGAUAAAUGAAGAAACGUGAUUUUUUCUUACACUACUUUUUUAAAAUAUUAUCACUUCUGUUUAUCUCAAACAUUACGCUGAUACCCAAUUAUUUUUCAAUGUAAUAACGUAGACAUAUUACAAGAUUAAUACAUGUUUAUGUGUAUGGUUUUAUUUAAUUUCUAGUCAAAUAUAAUUAAUAUAAAAUAUAUAUUUAAGAAUAUGUGAAUCUUAUAAUUAUAAAUAUAAUUUUGUUUCUAAUUUAAUUUUGAAAUAAUACAUAUAAAGAAAUAUAAACAAAUCGUUAAAUUUGCAAAGUAACAUCGCUCUGUUAGAUCCUAUUUAUUUUAACUUGAUUCGUUAGCUGUCUGUUAGUUAAUUAUUGCAUUUUGUGACUAGACUUUGUGGAGUGACUAUGAUUUAUAUAUUUCGUUUAUCUCUCAUUUCUGUAUUGUUAUUUGUUAGACUUUCUCCGGAUGGUCUGCCCGCUCUCUGUAAUUUUCUCUUAUUUUCUUCUACGUUUUUUCUCAUAUUUAUUUUGCUAUUAUGAUUAUUUCAAUUUUUGUAUUAAUCACGGAUUAAGUUACUUCAUAAUCGGCUUUAUAUUUUUGGACUAAAAAGGCCAACGUUAAGCGUUUAUACAACACCUGAGUUUAAAUUUGUUUUAAAAAAUAAUGUUAGUUUUUCUGACUAUUAAAUGAAAAGAAAAAGAAGCGUAACUUUUUCUGCAGAAGAAUUCUUCGUUAGAAGGAGAGACGACAACCUUUAUCAUUUUGACUGAUUAUUAUCAGGUUUGAUACAUCCUAAGUAAAGUGAUAAAGAUUGUGUGAACAAUAGUUCACACUGAAAAGGAUCCAAAUCCAGGAUCGAAACGUACACUAUUUCCAUCAUAUUAUAGAUAUAUAAUUUAUACAAUCAUUGUUAUUUAUUUCGCGCUCUGACAAUCGCGUUUAACUCGCAUUGGCAAUUAUGUUUGACAUUUUAAAUAUUAUAUUACUUUUUGUAAACGUUAAUCGAUUUUUAAAAAGUAAAACUUGGUUAUUGAAUUUAACCCGAAUUUUACGUAUAUAUUCAAUUUGAUCUUAAAACAUAACAUUUACUUAAUGAUAUAUGUUGAUAUAUUUCCUUUUCAUUAUCUUUUUGCUGUUAACACGUGCGAUAUCGCUCAUUUUGCUUUGUGCUUGUUCGUGCAGAAACCGAAAUAUUCUAAAGAUCACUACCAUAAAGGCGGGAGAAGUAGUAUAAAAAAGUUCAACUUAUUCCCUGUUAAUUAUUAUCAUCAAUUUACUGCUCUUCUUGAUUCCUUAAACAAGAAAGUGAGAUGAAGAAUUAUAUCUGCUCGAUCUUGUUGCUGAUAUGCGGGCUGGCACAUUUUGCUACCCAAGUACAAGGUGACUGCCAAUUCGGAGCCGAGGUUCUAAAAGUUGGUUUAAAGACGAUUCCACCAUGCAGUGGAAUAGUUUGUAAUCAGGAUGGUACAAUUUAUACAGUCAAAUGUCGACCAGGUUUGUGUGGAUACAAUGAAGACUAUGUGGGUCGUAUAUAUGAGGAUGGUAACAAACCAUAUCCAGGUUGUUGUGCGAAAACUAUUUGUAUAAAUCGUUUUACCAAUGAAAUCCGAUAUGCGGGAUAAGCAAAAUACUAGCGUAACAAUAAGAUAUUUUGUACUUGGAAGUAUUGUUAUAAAUAAAUAUCAUUGACUUCUCAUUGCACGACACUUGGAAUUUUUUCUCCCGUAAAAAGUCGUCAGAUAACAUAAGAAAAUCGAAAAACUCACAUUAGGAAAAGAUUGUGACGAGAGAAAACUUAAGGAAGUAAAAUCUUUCCACCUCAAAGAUUACUACAUUACUUUCGUCAGAGAGGAACCUGAGAGGCGUUAUGCCGGCCUCUUUUCUAUAACGUUUCGAAACUCCCGUACACUAGCCACGCACAUGCGUUUGCUAUGAAAUUUCUAUUGACGCAACGACGAAUUAUCAAUUGUUGUCGUGUUGUCGGCAUGUUGUUGUCUUAUAAUUUGUUAUGACAACCUUUUGCAAUUUAAAAUUAAUUGAUAAAAAUAAUGCCUUUUAAAUAACUGUGAGAGUUUUUUAUUGAAAAUAAAAUCUCUAAAACAUUCUUAGCUAUACCUACGGUACUGAUACUGCUGACAGCUUGCUUUUAAUAUUUCGUCAACUUACGCCCGUAUUCAGUCUUUCUUUGAGAAACGAGGAUUCCUUGUUAAUGCCUAUCUUUGCCUCGUGUGUUAUGUUUUACUGUAAAACAAAGACAGGAACAAGAAAUCCUUAUUUCUGAAGAAAACACUAUAAAUACGCAUAUUAAUAUUUGUAUAAUUUCUCAAGUUGUUGAAUACAAUAGGACAUCUAAUGUGACAACAACUAUUCCCGCAAUUCUUGCAGUUUUAGCAAACUUAAAUUAGUUCGAUAUAAAUUUUUUUGUAUACUUACUCGAAAUGAUUAAUCACGCUUGGUUAUCUGGCUGUUGUCACGUGUGAUAUCGCACGUUCUCCUUUGUGCCUUUCUCGAGCUGAAAUGUUUUUCUAAAGAUUGAGAUUGUCAUAAAGAAGGAAGAGAUAAAAAUCGAUUUAAAAAGUGGGCUCUUAAUUCAUUAUUGUUACUUCUUUUUGGUGAUUCUCUAAGGAAGAAAGUAAAAUGAAGAAUUACGUCUGCGCGAUCUUGUUGUUGAUGUACGGAGUGACUCAUUUUGCUACACAAGUACAAGGUGACUGCCAAUAUGGAUCCAGAGUUUUUAGCGUAGGUGCACAUACGAUACACAACCCCUGCGCUCAGCUGAUUUGUCAUGAGGAAGGUGAAAUAAAUAUAUACCGAUGCCCUUUCUUAGCUGAUCAGUGUAAACCAAAUCAAUAUCUUUCUGGUUAUUUCGAGAAUAGCCAUCUAAACUAUCCAGCGUGCUGUCCAAAACCUCUUUGUUUGCCUGACUACCAUUAAUCAACACCUACAAAGAAUAAAAUACUAGGUUUCGUUUCAUACGACUUUGAAAGUUAUAAUACACUGUAAUCUUCAAGCCUCAUAACUCAAAAAGUAUUUGAUGAAAAAUAACUCCAUGUAGUGAUUUGAAAAACUCUUGACAGAUAUUAAAUUUUGUAAUCAGAAA